ACUCAAGAAAACAUAAGUCCCAACCUGCUAUUACUCCAUAUAUAUCAGUCUAUUUUCUUUCUUCUUCCUCUAGCUAGAUAUAGCUUGCUAUAUCACACCCAAAAAAAAUGACAACCCCGCAACUCAUCUUCUCCUUCACCAUUCUAUUCCUGCAUCUCAUUUUUCCCUUUCCUCUCACCGACGCCAAUUGCCCUGUCGCACCAUCUUGCGGACCCGGCACACCAACCGUCCGGUUCCCUUUCCGGCUAAGAGAUACACAAUCAACGCGGUGCGGUUACCCUGGCUUUGACCUCAUAUGCAAUAACCAGACACAAACCUUAACCCUUAAUAUCCCAAAUGCAGGAAACUUCACGGUCAACGACAUUGACUACGAAUUACAGGCUGUGCAUGUCGGCGACCCCGGACUCUGCCUCGCUCAACGCUUUCUCCAAACUUUCAAUCUCUCCGCUUCGCCUUUCUCUCCCGUCUUUACGGUGAACUUCGGGUUUUUCAACUGCUCUGAAAAUAUUCCUCUGUUUUCCGGCACGUUUCAAGCGAUGUGUCUAAGCCGUGACAACUUCACGGUCCUGAUGACACCGACGGGCUUUUCGUCUUACGCGACGCUGUCUUCGUUAUGUCAGUUGAUCGGGAAUCGCUCCGUCCCUGGUCCGUGGACUUCUUGGCCGGGUAUGGGUGGAAGUGUCCAGUUGAUUUGGAACCAACCCGAUUGCCGAUCGUGUGAAGAAAGUGGAGGGGCUUGCGGGUUCAUGAGCAGCUCGGGUCUUGAAAUCGGAUGCACCAAUCUUCCAAGCAAUGGUCCUCCAAGGAGUAUCAAGUAUGGACUAAUCAUAGGCGUUGGUAUACCUGGAGUUUUAUGUUUGAUCGGUUUAGGAUGUUACUUCGGGAGCAAGGUGAAGAUGUAUGAUCAACGACGAAACACGAUUACUGAGUUGCCCAACACCAUAGUCUCUCAACGUGAUGUUGUCAUUUGUGGCCUUAAUAAAUUUACCAUUGACUCAUACCCAAAAACUCUGUUAGGUGAAAGUAAGAGAUUACCUGAGCCUAAUCAAAACCUUUGUUCAAUUUGUCUUUCCGAAUACCAACCUAAAGAAAUACUCAAAACUAUACCCGAAUGUAACCAUUACUUUCACAUUGAUUGCAUAGAUGAGUGGCUUAGGGUCAAAGGAACAUGUCCCUUGUGUCGUAAUUCCCCACAACAAAAUUUCAAUGAACUUUCCCCCUCUACCUUAUCAUCUUCCUCUUCAACCUCUUUUUCGGCCUCAUCUUAAUAAAUUUUCACCAUUAUACAUAUUGUUUGUGUAUAUAUUUUGCUUGUUUGUGUGAUGAAAGAUUAAAUUUCUCUUUUCCUAGUUGAGAUUCUCUACAAAUUAA